UGCUGGUGGUGGACAGACGGAAAUAUCGACGUGUGUCAAAUGUCAAGUUUCCAGAGAGAAAAUGACGCUCCUAAAUCUCUGUUACGGAGGCUCGAGUUUGCAGUUACUCCCAUCGUGUCCGGGGAGUUCAGUCACCACCGGGACAGAGCGGCGAUGGCAUCCCGGGUCUCCUUCACCCAGAUCCGGCUGGAAACGGAGCUGGAGCGCUGCCGGGCCGAGUGCCAGUGGGACAAGAUGCCGAUGAUCAUCGAGCAGAUGCAGGCUGCGAGGUUCCACGAAGACGAUGAUUACGGGACCCUGCUGACGGCCGAGGCGCUGCUGGAGGAGUGCCUGCAAGACAACAUGGAAUGA